AUGGGUGAUAUCGGCGAGCAGUCGCCAGACCAGCCCCUUGUCAGCGAUUCUCUCGUUCCACCCAGAGAGAUCCAAUGUGCAUGCACAAGCACCGUCUCUCUUGACGGCAUACUCAACCCACCGCUACAGCUAAGAGAAGACCUCAAGGAAGGCUGCGGCGGCCAAAUAUGGCCUGCCGGAGUCGUCCUGUCGAAAUAUAUGAUCGAGAACCAUGCCUCGGACCUGCUGGGCAAGACAAUAAUCGAACUAGGUAGUGGAAGUGGUCUCGUAGGACUCGCCGUCGCAAGAGGAUGUGCCACCGAUUCACCGGUCUAUAUCACCGAUCAAAUGGCGAUGUUCCCGCUGAUGCAGCAGAAUAUUGAACUGAAUGGCCUGACGGGCGUGGUACACGCAGCGUUACUCGACUGGGGAGACGAAGAAGCUGUUCGUGCGCUUCCCAAGGCGAAAGUCAUCCUGGCUGCGGACUGUGUCUAUUUCGAGCCGGCGUUCCCCCUGUUGCUAUCAACUCUUGAAGCGCUGCUGGAGGAAGAAGAUGCAGUGUGUUACUUUUGCUUUAAGAAACGCCGCAAGGCAGACCUACGCUUUAUCAAACAGGUUAAGAAGAAGUUCGACUUCACGGAAGUGACUGACGGAGUUGAUCGUGAAUUCUGUAAACAGGAACGGAUCUUCUUGUACACACUUAGACGGAGAAUGGCAAAACAUUGA